AUGGAAUUGAUUCCGGGCCUGCCCGACGACGUAGCCCGAGAAUGCUUGAUCCGGAUCCCCUACGGCGGGUUCUCCACCGUCGCGGCCACGUGCAAGGCGUGGAAGUCCGAGCUCGAGCUCCCGCGGUUCCGGUCGCGCCGCAAGUCCGCCGGCCACAGCCAGACCGUCGUCGUCAUGGCCCAGGCCGUGCCCGACCCGUCCCGGAAGACCGGGUUCUCGAAGCUCUCCCACGGCCCCGUCUACCGCCUCACGACCUUGGAGCCGCUCUCGGGUUCCUGGGACGAGCUGCCGCCGCCUCCCGGGUUCUCCGGCGGCUUCCCCAUGUUCUGCCAGCUCGCGGCCGCCGGCUCGGAUCUCGUCCUCAUCGGCGGGCUGGAUCCGGUCUCGUGGGAGGCUUCCGGCUCGGUCUAUGUGUAUAGUUUUAUGACCGGCGCGUGGCGGCGCGGGGCCGACAUGCCGGGCGCGAGGCGGUCCUUCUUCGGGUGCGCGUCGGACGGGGACCGGCUGGUGGUCGUGGCCGGCGGGCACGACGGCGAGAAGAACGCGCUGAGAUCCGCCCUGGCGUACCACGUGGGGAGGGACCAGUGGCUGCCGUUGCCCGACAUGGCGAGGGAGCGCGACGAGUGCAAGGCGGUCUUCCGCCGCGGCAAGUUCCGCGUCGUCGGCGGAUACGGCACCGAGAUGCAGGGGAAUUUCGAGGGGAGCUCCGAGGAGUUCGACCCGGCCGCGUGGCGGUGGGGCCCCGUGCGGGAGGACCUCCUCGCGGCCGGCACGUGCCCGACCACGUGCGUGGACGGCGAGGGGGACGAUGACCUGUACAUGUGUAGGGACGGCGAGGUCCUGGCGCUUAGAGGGCCGGCGUGGCGGCCGGUGGCUAAAGUGCCGGCGGACGUGGACAGUCCAGCUCACGUGACAAAGUGGCAAGGGAAGCUGCUCGUGAUUGGGUCUCCGAGAUCCGGCGGGGCCCAGAAGGUCUAUGCUUUGGACACGAGUUCCGCCCACUGGAUCAGCAUCGAGUCGCCGGAAGAAUUCUCCGGCCAUGUUCAGGCGGGGUCUUGUUUGGAAAUUUAG